UGGUGGCGGCUUCGAGGAGGGGCAGGGAGCGCCCAGGGGACCGGCACGCAGCCCGCGGGUUAUCAGGCGGGGCCCGGGUGUUGAGGGGCGACUGGCAGCCAUGGCGGAGUCGGAGCCUACUCGGCACAGGAGGAAACGCCGCUCCACACCUUUGGCCUCGUCCACAUUGCCCCCGCAAGAGUCCGAGAAAGGCUCCUAUCUGCAGACCACAGAGAUCUCACUCUGGACGGUGGUGGCCGCCCUUCAGGCCGUGGAGAGGAAGAUGGAGGCCCAGGCCGCGAGGAUACAGAGCCUGGAGGGGCGGACGGGGACGGCCGAGAAGAAGCUGGCCGACUGCGAGAAGACGGCCGUGGAGUUCGGGAACCAGCUGGAUGGCAAGUGGGCCGUGCUGGAGACCCUGCUGCAGGAGUACGGGCUGCUGCAGAGGCGCCUGGAGAACAUGGAGAACCUGCUGAGAAACCGAAACUUCUGGGUGCUGCGCCUGCCGCCCGAUGGCAAAGGGGAGGCCCCCAAGGUGCCCCGGCCACUGGAAAACGACGGAGGGUGUUUCUCCGAGCAGGAGUGGGAGACCCUGGAGGACUGGCAGAAGGAGCUCUACCGAAACGUGAUGAAGAGCAACUACGAGGCCCUGGUCUCUCUGAAGGUUCUUGGCCCGCCGGAAGAAGCAGCGGAGUUGGGCCCAGGGAUGCUGGGUGACUUGGAGGAUGAAGGCCCAGGUGGCGCCCACCCAGCAGGAGGGGUUAUGAUCAAGCAGGAGAUGCAGUACGCUCAGGAAGGCUCUGCGGAUCUUCCCGGAGAAUUCUCAGGCCUCGCCGAAGAGCACGCUUUCCUGAGCCCAGAGCAUGCUGAACUCUGGGGCGGUCAGGGUGGUUCUGUCUUCUUGGAUUCAGGCCCAGGGGACACUAGUCUGGAGGGCCCCAUCCAGGGCGGUAGAGACGCUGGUGGUGGCGGCGUUCUGGGCUGCCCCCCGGGGCAGGAGCCUGGUAGGCAGGGGCCGCUGGGUCAGGAGUGCGGCCCGGGCGGAAAGCUGAAAAGGGAUGCUUCUGGCCCCUAUGAGUGUUCCGAGUGUCAGAUCAGCUUCCGCUACAAGCAGCAGCUGGCCGCGCAUCUGCACACCCACUCGGAGCCGGGUACGGCCUCGGAGCCGGAGGAGAGCCUUCGACCCCGGCCCCGGCUUCAGCCCCAGUCCAAGAGGGCCCGGCUGCACCAGUGUGACGUGUGCCUGCGGAGCUUCAGCUGCAGGGUGAGCCUGGUGAUCCACCAGCGCUGCCACCUGCAGGACGCGCCCGGGGCCGGCCACUCCGUCCAGGAGAGGUUCUCGCCCAACAGCCUGGUGGCCCUGCCUGGCCACAUCCCCUGGAGGAAGAGCCGGAGUUCCCUCCUCUGCGGCUACUGCGGCAAGAGCUUCAGCCACCCGUCCGACCUGGUGCGGCACCAGCGCAUCCACACGGGCGAGCGGCCCUACAGCUGCUCAGAGUGUGAGAAGAGCUUCGUCCAGAAGCAGCACCUCCUGCAGCACCAGAAGAUCCACCAGCGGGAGCGGGGCGGGCUGGCCCUGGCGCCCGGGAGGCCCAACGGCCUGCUCUAAGGGCGCCGGCCCCUCGUCCGGCCGGGGGGCGGAGGGGCUGGCAUGGGUCCCCCCGAAGAGACACUGUGCAGAGUCAGGGACGCACUUCUUCCCGAGGGGAGUGGCGCUGAUUUGCCUUCCCUUGGCCAGGCUGAGCCCGGACCCUGUUGUGAAACGUGUGGAAGAGGAGGAGCCGGGCCGCGCCUCCCCCUCCGCCUCGCCCCUGCGGGGCGGCUCUGGGUUUCUCAUCCGGGCUGACACUCGUGGCUGGGGUUGGCUCUCCGAGCCUGCAGGGGCCGGUGGCUGCUGCCAGCGCCUGUCCCAGCGUCUCAGGUCUUCCCAGGCGGUCGGGCGGGGUCAGCGGAGCGAGCAGGGGCGUGAGAGCGCUCUGGGAAGCAUAUAACCCUCUCUUUCCUCUUCUUUUCUAGUCUCUUUGUUAAUAACAAGUAGAGGAAAUAAUUUAAAUGACCGCUUACCCUGUUCUGAAGAAACUUUUUUGGGAAUUAGAUUUUAGUUGAUUUUAAAAAAUACAGUCUGACCUUGUUUUUGAAGUUUCCAGCAUUGUAGAGGUUGUUCCUGACAUGGGGACUGGGCCUGCCCUCUAGGAGGGAUUUGUUUAUGGGGCUCUCCUCGCCCACCCCCGCUUCGCUAGGCCAGAGGCCAGGGCGCAGAGUGCCGGGCCCCUCUCAUGGGGGUCCUUGGCAGUCUCACUAGGGGCCAGCUGAAUGCAGAGGAGGAGCGGGGCGGGGCGGGGGCAGACCCCAGAGCCCCUGCCGAGAACACAGAGUCCCUAAUGGAGCCAAGAGCAUCCUGUUGCUCGGAAUCCCGGUUUCUCACCGGAACCUUCUCCCUCUUCCCACCCGGCCCUUGCUGGGGCCUGCAGCCGCCCUGGGUAGGAGACUGCUUUCGUGACUUACGGUUGUCUGCCUCGUCCCUGUGGGUGUUGGAGUUUGUUCUUACUGCACCAGUUGUUUCUUGAGACUGUGUCGAUGACACAUUUUCCAAAUUAGUCUGGGAUCGACUGUUCAGAGAUGGUGGGGAAAAAGCACAGCGAUGCGUAUUUCUCGAGAGUGUUGAAUGCUUGCCUCACUGUUGUUUGGGGAGAUGGGAGUGGGCUUCUGGGUCCUAUAUGAGUGUUCCCUUUGAUGAUUUGCAGUUGCCUAGAAUAAAACUUGCUACUAGCAAAAAAAUAAAAAAAUGCUCUUGUUGGAUAUUUUUCACA